UUUUUUCCUCUUUUCCCGAAUUAAGAAACUCUCAAAGGAAAAUGGCAGAUACCGACGUAGAUACCACCACCGCCGAGGUCCCCGUCACCAAGGAUCUUAAAGAAAAGAAAGAAGUGGUAGAGGAACCAGAGAAGGCAGAGAAUGGCAAGGGAGAUGCCCCAUCUAAUGGCACAGAAGAGAAUGGAGCUGACCAUGGUGCACAGAAUGAUGAUGCAGAGGAAGAGGAUGAAGAAGGGGAUGUAGAAGGUGAGGGUGAGGGUGAAGGAGAGGAAGAAGAGGAUGAGGAAGAAGGUGAAGGAGAUGAAAAUGAGACAGAUGGUCUUUCAGUAAAACGUCCUGCGGAAGAUGAGGAGAAAACUGAAACUAAAAAACAGAAGACAGAAAAUGGAGACUCCACAGAAGUGAAAGAAUCUGCCUAAAUUCUCCUUCCAGACAUUUUAUAGCUUAAGUGACAUGGUUGACUUUAAAUUGUAGAGAAUGUGCUUUAUAUCUGUACAUUUUACAAAAUGACUUUUUAUAUACUGUAAACUUACAUGCACUAGAAACCUGUAACAUCACAGCAAGAUAGCUAAGGUUUUUUGUAAAAUGUUAUUUAUUGGUGCUUGUUUGUACUGGUUAACUGCUUCAAUAAAAAUCUAAAGUUUUUUUUUUUUUUUGUUUAAGUGGUACAGCUUUGCUUUUGUACACCAUUGAAGCACAUGUCUUAUCAUAUUAGUACAGCCAUGUGUAUUCUUGAGUGAAGCUGCCUUCCUGUAAUAUAAUGGUGGUAGGCUAGAAAGUUCAUAUGCAAUGAAGGCCAAAGAUGUGGAUCUUAUUUAGCCAGGGUUAACCUGGGAAUUCUGUAUAGAUCUUUGGGCUUAAUUUUGUUGCUGUUUGGUAUAUAGUUGUGGUGCAAGCAAGGCUUGACAAUUGCAAGGUUCAAUAUGUAAAUUUCUCUGUAUCCUAAUGUGCUAUCAAAGUGUGUGUGUUCUGCAGAAAUUUUGAGGCAUUGACAGUGUAGUUUUCAUCAGUUAUAACCAAGAUAAAAACUGUAUACCUCAUUAGUUUAUGCUUACCACUACUUUGUAUAUUCAGGUUACGUACUAUAAAUAAAUCUUUUAUAUAAAA